AUGCAGAAUAACGAGGCUCGCCAAGAUUUAGAAUUUUUAGAUGUGCAAUAUAGGGCUCUAAUUCGUGUCGGUUUAGAUAUCGGAGCCAUUAAGGGCAAAGAUUUCCUCAACAAUCGUGGAAAAUUCCUCAUCUAUGGCAGCAUCACCACCUAUCUGCAAUAUGGUCUAAUUUUAUAUGCGGUCCAUAUUUUCGGUGUCGAAAUCGAUAAGGCCAGUGCUGCCCUUUCGAUGUUCAAUCAAGGUUCCUUGCUAAUGUUGAAGGUAUCAAUAUUGAUAUUCAAAUCGAAUCGUUUAUUGAAAUUAAUUUGGGAUAUGAAUUUGUUGGCCACCAGGGCCAAUGAAGAGGAGCGAGAAACCUGGCUUUCGCAAAAUCGUUUUUCCAAAGUCAUCGGAAAUAUCUACUCGACGGCAUGUGUGGCCUCGGUGAUACUCUCCAUUUCGAUACCGAUAAUUUUUAUGAGCUAUGAAAAUCUGAAGGGGAUGGAGGUCACAUUGAAAUUGCCAUUUGAUGGGGAAUUCCCCUAUGAACAUUUGGGCAUACCGAUAUUCAUCCUCAACUACAUACUCUCCGUGAUCUAUGUCUAUACCCUGCUGUGUUGGACCAUUGGCAUAGAUACCCUCUUCGGCUGGCUUAUACAUGCUGUAUCGGGACAUUUUCGAAUACUACGCAUCAAGGUAGAAAGGGCAGCCCGGAAAAUCGAUGAGGAUAGCAAUCAUGAAGAUUUCGUCGCUGAUGUCGGAGCCAUUGUUCGUUAUCACAAUAAAACCCUGGCCUUCGUUGAUGCCCUGAAUGAUAUUUUUGGUCAAAUAUUUUGGGCCGAGGUGGCCUUCAGUUGCCUGCAAAUGUGUUUCUUGAUAUUCACCCUCAACAAUGGUUCCGACAAACGGAUGAUACCCUUUAAUGCCAUGGUUUUCACCGCCAUCAGUAUUCAAAUGAUGAUCUACUGUUUUGGUGGAGAGAAAAUUAAAACGGAGAAUGAAAUGCUUUGUUCGGAUAUUUAUUCGAAAUUCCCAUGGGAGAAAAUGCGACCAUCCGAAAAGAAAAUGAUGAUAUUCCCCUUGCAGAGAUCUCAGCAGGAUGCUGCCUUGAGGGGGCUAUUUUUUGAAUUGGAUCGUAAUCUAUUGGUUUAUAUAUAUCGCACCGCCUUUUCGUACAAUACACUGUUGGGCGCCAUGAAGGAAUAAAUCGGAAUGGAAGAGAAAUUG